UCUCGGGCGGACAUGGCACAACACGUCACAUGAGGGCGGGACUUCAAAAUGAGGCGGCUGCUCUGAAGCGCUACAAGGCAAAGCAAAAGGUCCAAGUCUUCGGUGUUGGCCUUUGCAUCAAUCCUGGCGUUCCCAUGCUGGGGGCGUCACCAGGCGGGCUGGUUUGGGACGAAGAUAUACAGGAGUACGGACUAGUCGAAGUGAAAACCGUGUCACGGGUGAUAGAUGCGAACCUGACGACCUUCGAUGAGGUGAUGAUCAGAGGGUUCGUGGAGUUUAUCCAUGCGGCCAAGAGUGUCGACAAAAAGCACAAGCACUACUACCAGGUGACAGGACAACUUGCGCUCACAGGACUGGAGUGGUGUGACCUUGUUGUCGACUCGGCGAAGGACUGCUGGGUCACACGGGUGCCCUUUGACGAGGCACUGUGGGUGAACGUUGUGGUGCCACGCCUGACAGACUUUUUUUUAAAUAUCGGAAAGUCUGAGUGUUGAUCAUAAAAUUGUAGCGUCUUUUGUGGGCGGCGCUAGUGCCAAGUUUGGACACUUUUGGUAAUCGGGUUGCAA